GCCAAUAUGGCAGCCGACGCGAAUGAUAGCCACUAUUUCGUGAGAGAAAUUGAGAAAAAAGACGGCUGUGCCUUGAAAGUGAAACAGUGCUACAUGGGAGACGUUGGCUGUGUUGUUUGGGACGCAGCCAUCGUUCUAGCAAAAUAUUUAGAAACGAAGCAGUUUUAUGAUCCGUCCUCGGGAGUGAACGUGUGGGCUGGCAGGAGGGCGGUGGAGCUGGGAGCUGGGACAGGAGUUGUUGGUCUGAUGGCAGCAACACUGGGAGCUCAAGUUACUGUGACUGACCUGGAGGACUUGCAGACCCUCUUGAGGGUGAACAUCCAGGACAACCAGGCACUCAUCACAAGUGGAUCAGUUACUGUCAAGGUACUGAAAUGGGGUGAAGAUGUGUCUGAGUUCAUGCCUCCCCCAGAUUAUGUCCUAAUGGCAGAUUGCAUCUAUUAUGAGCAGUCUGUUGUUCCACUGGUGGAGAGCUUGAAGCUGCUCUCUGGACCAGAGACCUGCAUUAUUUGCUGCUAUGAGCAACGCACCGAGGGCGUCAACCCGAAAGUGGAAAAGCAGUUUUUUGAGCUGCUGCAGCAGAACUUCAGCUGUGAGGAAAUCCCUUCAGACAAGCAAGACCCAGAGUUUAGUAGUCCAGACAUCCGCAUCUUGCACAUCCGAAGAAAAGUCUGAGUGUGUGUAGUGAAAUUUGUCCCAAUCAGCAGUUAGUAUUACCACAUGCAAAGUGAGAUUGUGAAAUAGAAAUUGUAAAGUCUGUACUGUCGUGUGUGGAAUAUUCAGUGUAUCUUUGUUUUUGCACUUUUUAAAAACAUUUUUAUAAGGAAAAAAAUUCUAAUGCAUCACUAAACUCUGUCCUGAUGUUUGAAGUUAAAACAGAAAAAAAUGCUGAA